AUGACCGCCUCCUGUCGUUUGCAAUUGCACCCAACUGAAAAUACCAAAAGGCUCUGUGUUGUUACCUGCAACAGUCGGUGGACGAGGAUGUUCCAAUGUCAUUAAAUUCGAGGAUGCCAAUUGCUGAUGCUGAGUCAGAUGAAACAUUUAGCAGCAACACAUCUCUUUGUUAUUGACUCCACUUUCCUUUUCAUUAUUUUAUCUCAUAAAACAAAAACCCUUUUCUUAAGAUCAUUACUUCACUUCGCACUUGCUCCUACCAAUACCAUUCAUUUCCCUUGUUUAAUUGGUUUUGUGUUACCAAGGAUCGGGAAUAUUCAACAACUUGUAUGCUUCAAUAAUCAAUUGAAUUACAUCCUCGCUGCAUAUUUUUAGAAGUAUAAUGGGUGAACAAUUGAGGCUACUAAAAGUCAAAAUUGUGCAAGGGAAGAAAUUAGUGAUACGUGAUUUCAAGAGCAGUGACCCUUAUGUUGUUGUCAAGCUGGGUAAUCAGACAGCGAAGACCAAGGUCAUUAAUUGUUGCUUGAAUCCUGUUUGGAAUGAAGAGCUGAAUUUCAUUCUGACAGAAACAGAACCUUUGCGAGUUCUAAAUUUGGAAGUAUUUGAUAAAGAUCUUUGGAAAGCUGAUGACAAGAUGGGAAAUACUUGCAUCAACCUUCAGCCAUUAAUCUCUGCAUCUAGAUUAAGAGAUAUUUUAAAGGUUUUUUCUGGUGAGACAACAUUGAGGAAGGUCACGCCUGAUAGUGAAAAUUGUCUUGCACGUGAAAGCAGCAUCAAUUGCGUUAAUGGUGAAGUGGUACAAAAUGUCUGGUUAAGGCUUCGUGGGGUUGAGUCUGGGGAGCUACAAUUGACGAUCAAGUUGAUCAAUUCUUCUGCUUCCUCAAUGUAGUGCUAAAAAUUGCAACUCUCCUUAAUUAUUCCUUUGAUUUGGGCAUAUUUCUUAUUAAUUCCUCGUAGAUAUGUAUUCCAAUGUAGUUUAGUAUUAGUUGGUGAUGUGCUUGAUCUCAAACCCACUUGAAGCUGCAUGUUCAAUCAAAAUAAAUUGUUUUGAUUCAUGGCUUCUUCCAAGUUUUGUUUGUCGUCCCUUGUAUUAAUAUCACAAACAACUAGUCGAAAACUAGCUAGCCUCUUUAUUUUA